AACUUUUACGACACAAGCGCCGAAAAACGUUUCGAUGAGCGUGAUUGUUUUUUGCUGAAAAAAUAAAUUAUAUUUGUACAUGAUGCUAACACUGACAUAGUACAUGGGCCUUUUCACGCCAUUUUAACUGUUCUUCAAUAAGAGUGCCCAAAUAUGGCGGACAAAAUUGAUACACGUAUCGUUCAGGUGUCAAACAUCGCACCGAACGCUACUCGUGAUCAGAUGAAAACUUUGUUUAGCUAUUUAGGCAGAAUCGAUGAAAUGAAGAUGUACCCAACAGAGUCCAGUAACAUCCAGGUGACGGCCAAGGUGUGUUAUGUGAAAUAUGAUGACGACACAAGCGUUGGAGUGGCACUACAUCUCGCGAAUACAGUCUUCAUUGACAGGGCUCUUGUUGUUGUUCCCUGCAUGGAAGAUGAGAUACCAGAUGAACAGUCAGCUCUACAGCGUGCUCCGCAGGCAGUUGCUGGCAUGCUACCUGGCCAGCCUACAUGGCCUACCAACGUCAUCAGCCAGCUUCAGAGUGUCGGAGGAAGCCAGGUGAUUAUCACCAACGAUCCGCGCCUUACUGCCCUUGGACUCUCUCAGUACCCUCCCUUGCCCAGUAACACCGACCCCGGCAAGAUUGAGGAGAUCAGACGUACUGUGUAUGUCAGUAAUCUGGAUCCUGCAGUGACUGGAGAACAGAUAAUGUCGUUCUUUACCCAAGUGGGUGAGAUUAAGUAUGUCCGUAUGGGCGGGGAAGAUGUAGAAGGAGGGAAGUGUGCGUACAUUGAGUUUACAGACCAACGAUCCAUCGCCACUGCUCUCACGUAUAAUGGCGUCAUGUUCCAGAGUAGACCCCUGAGUGUUGCCCACUCAACGUCUGCCAUUGAGAAACCGAAGACCAAGAUGCAGGAGGCAGCCCAGCGUGAGAUUGAUGAGGCCAUGAAGAAAGUGAAGGAAGCUCAGUCACUUAUAACAGCCGCUGCCGACUCAGGUGAUUUGAACAUAGAUAAGGCGGUUUCAAGAUUGGCGUCAAGUUUUGGUAGAAGUCAUUCAAGGUCAAGGUCAAGAUCUCGCAGGCAUAAAAGUCGAUCUCGCUCACGUAAGCGUAGUCGUUCAAGGUCUCGUCGCAGGUCUAGGUCACGAAGGUCGCGAUCUCGCCAUAGGUCAAGGUCGAGGAGACGUUCAAGGUCACACUCUAAAAGGAAGAGGACAAAGUCAAAGUCUCCAGAAAAGUCUGCCAUAGCUGCGGUGGUCGCAUCAGUUGGCUUCCCAGAAAGUUUGGUGCCAAUAGUGCCAAUGCUUGGACCAACAGGGUUGAAAAAGCCAGGGCCAGGAAUGCCAGGCGGACCAGGCACCGGGCUAAGGAGGAAGCGCUCCAGAUCUUCAACUCCACCGCGUCGUAGAAGAUCAAGGUCACGCUCCAGGUCACGGAGACGCAGAUCUAGGUCAAGGUCACGACGCAGAAGGUCAAGAUCUAGGAAGAGGUCAAAGAGUCGAACCAGAAGAUCAAGGAGCCGACGUCGUAGUCGUUCCCGUCGUAGGUCCAGGUCCAAACGCAGGCGUUCUCGCAGCGGGUCUCGUAAACGGCGCUCUGGCAGUCGAGCUGGGUCUAAAGAAAAGUCUUCUAAGAAGAGUUCUGCCGAUACUAAAGACAAGAGCUCUUCAAGAAAGAGUUCUGCUGUUGCAAGAGACAAGAGCUCUUCAAAAAAGAGUUCUGUGGACACAAAAGACAAGGACUCUCCAAAAAAGAGUUCUGAGGAUACAAAAGACAAGGACUCAUCAAAAAAGAGUUCUGAAGAUACAAAAGACAAGGACUCUUCAAAAAAGAGUUCUGUGGAUACAAAAGACAAGGACUCUCCAAAAAAGAGUUCUGUGGAUACAAAAGACAAGGACUCUUCAAAAAAGAGUUCUGUGAAAACAAAAGACAAGGACUCUUCAAAAAAGAGGUCACCAAGCAGAGGCCGAAGUCGCAGUCGGUCGAGAGACAGAAGAAGGCGAUCUCGUAGCAAAAGCAAGGGACGCAAAACCACAAAGAGUCGCCACCGAAGUCGCAGUGGAUCUCGCCGGAGAAGGUCAAGGUCACGUAAGAAGUCAAGGUCACGCAGUGGCUCCAGACAUAGAUCCUCCCGUAAGGAUAAAAAGAAGGAGCGCGACCGCAGUCGGGAGCGUGACAAGAAGAAGAAACAUAAGGAGAAAGACCGAGACAGGGACGAGAAGAAGGAAAAUAAGGUGGAUAUCGUUAAGCGUGAUUACGACGAAGAGGAACAAAUCUUGUACGAAGACGUUGACAAAGAAAAGAAAGCCAAGGCGUCGGACAGUACAGAUGAUGAACGGGAUAGCGGCGAAGAAGAUGCCCAAAGCGAUGCUGGACGCAGCAGUCGGGGCCAGAGUGAGGCUGGGGAUAGAAAUGGGCGAGCCUCGGAGCCCAAGCCCCCAGGCAUCUCGGAUGAUGAGUAUGAGGAAAGGAGGCUGAAACCACGUAAACCACGAAGUGAGGAGGACGAAAUGGAGCCCGAUCGUGGGGAUUCACCUGAUACGAGGGAACAGGAUAUGGACAUGAGUGACUAGGAGUAAUCCGGGCGAAGCCCAAGAGGGGCUAGAAUAGGGGUCGCCAGAGACAGGUGUUAUAUGCAUGUAAACUUGGUGCAUUUGGGCAGGUUAUACAGAUUAAGAUGGGAGUUUAUUGUUGUUUGCUUGGUUGGGUUAUUAUAAAUAUGUUGAAAGUAAUGAGUUCAUACUCAUAUGAAGUGUUAUUGAAGACUGAAUGAAGAAAGAGUGUUGAUGGAAGUCUUAAGGAGUUACUGCGCAUUUGUAAUGCUAUAGUGGGCACUGUAUAAUUAUCAUUUAAAUGUCAUAUAAAACGAGGUAAAAAGAAUGUUAGAUGUUAUUAAAAUCAAUAUAAAUAUUUGCUAUGCUUUCUAUUGGUGAUAAAGAAACUUGUAAUAUCACUGACUAGUGGGGUCAUCUGCAUUUUCCCUCCUUGUAUAAUCAACUACUAGACGCAAUCUUCAUUUUCCUCCAUUGUUUUGAAAAAUUAAAGGUUUAACCUUACAUUUCCAUGAUCACAGUUGAACUGUUGCUUUAAAUAAUGGAAUAGGAAUUUUAUGAUUUAUAAAUUGUACGAAUAUUUUUACUAAAUGAUCCUGGCUGAUAUUUAAUUUUGUAUGUGUUAAACGAUCACGAAAAAAGAAUGAGUUUACCGCAUUACUGUUAAUGUAUGAUAAUUAGUUUCUGUUAUUUUUUAUUUUUUUGAAAUAUUCCUGCAUAAUGCAUUGAGCUGUUAUAGAAAUUAUGGUUAAUGAAUAAUGUUUGUGAUUAAAAAAAACAUGUUUCUUUUUUUUUACCGAAAUACUGAAGAGUUCAUCAACAUGCAUAACAAAGAUGUCGGCUUUAGAUAUUAAGAUAAUUCAUUGAGCUUAAAGCCUUAACAGUCAUGAAAGACAAGUUAAAACAUUUCAUCAAAGAGAAGCUUCCAUUCUGUUGUAUUAAUGUUUUCGUGUCAUAAAUGAGUAUGGUGUAAUAAAACAUGUUUUAAAGAA